CGCGCCUGCCACCCUCCUCGCGCUGCCCGCCUCGCCAUGCCCGGCGCCACUCCGGGCCAUGCGCCCAGCUUUGCCGAUGCGCUUGCGGCAGCGCACGCAGACACGUCCGCCGGCACGAGCCGCGCCCCUCGCGCGGCGCCGCCGUCUGCACCCUGCUCGUCCGCCCGGCCGCACAGGGCGCGGGACGGCAUGCUGCGACUGCACUCGCCCUUCUCGCCAGCUGCUCAGCGUCUGCCAGUGCACGCAGGCCACGCGAAAGCGGCACCCGCACCGCGCCGCUCAGGCGUACGCAGCGGCGUGCGGAGUGUGCCGGCGGCCUGGGUGCGGCUGGCGCUGGUGGCCGUGCUGCUGUGCACACACACCACGCUCGCCCUCUUCGAUCCCGGCGAGCCUAUGGCGGUCUCGGCUAGAUCUCCUUCCGCCAAGGCAGCGGCGACGUUGAUCGCUGCCGCAGUGUCGCCAGCAGGUGGGCCUCUGCGUACUGCAAAGGCCGCCCCGCGCGACAUGGCAGUGGCGCCGCGGCGAGGCAGCAUCCCGCCCGGCUGCCACCGCACAACCUCCUUCCUGGCCGACGUCUGCCCGGCGCAGGGCGCCAGCGCCACCUCGUCCGCGCACCAACUGCGCUCUGAGCUCAUACUCUGCCCGCUGGCGCCAGUGGCGCCUCUCAGUCUCGACAAGCCCGUGGGCGACGCGGCCGAGACCACAUGGGCGGUCAGCGGCACGGUGACCCUUCCGCGGGACCCACAGGCUGUGCUUGACUUGGAUCUGAGCGAUUCCGCUGGCACGGUGCCCUCACUCGCACGCAUCGGCGAGCCGUCGACAGCGGAAGCCUGGCCUAAGGAUGGUGAAGAGGGCUACUGGCGGCAGGUCGGCGGCACGUCGCACUGGGUUCCGGCUGCGGUCCCUCUCCUGCAAGACGAGGCGGCGCCAAGCACAAGCAGUGGCGACCUGAACAGCAAGCCUGCCAUGUUCGGGCCGCGCGAGCCGACUGCAGACGAGGCUCGGGAAGCCUACAGUAUUUGGAGCGAGAGUGUUGGCGGCGAGGGCAGCGACACAUGGCUGUCUUUCGCGGCCUGGCGCGCAGCGUACGAAGAAGCGCAGCGCGAUGCGGCAGCGCGCGAGCGGGACGAACAGCGCAAGACGAAGAACCAGGCUCGGCGCCGCGACGACGCUCGCGAUACUGAGACGGCUCGGAACGCGAGCUCCGAGCCGCAAAGCGCACUGCCGCCAUCGCAAGCAGCGACGCGGCACCUCGCGCCAUCUGCUGCACCUGCCAGUCCUGCAGAAUCAGACAACGAGCGCGAAAGCAGAGAUGCGGUGGCGUCUGCGAAGGCCAGCCAUGUCACGCUCGUCGCACCGGCCCAAGGCGCCGACACCGGUGCCGUGCCGGCUGUAGGCAAUCCUGCUUCGCAGCUGGCCACCCUGAAGCACCGCUGGAACUUCGCUUCGCUCGACUGCGCGGCCGUGGUCCAUCGCUCGAAUCCGUCGGCGCGCUUCGCCAGCAGCAUCUUGAGCGAGAAGAAGGACCGCUACAUGCUGUCGCCGUGCCCGCGGCGCUCCGAAGGCCAGUUCGUCAUCGUCGAGCUGUGCGACGAGAUCUCGAUCGACACGCUCGUCCUCGCCAACUACGAGUUCUUCAGCCGCAUGUUCAAGCGCUUUCGGGUCCGCGUGGCGCGCAACCUGCAGGGCCGAGACGAGGAAUGGCAGGACAUCGGCACCUUCCGUGCGCGCAACGUGCGCGGACUGCAGGUCUUCAACACGGUCGCCCCCAAGUCGGACGCGCGCUUCUUCCGCUAUCUGCGCAUCGACUUUCUCGAGCACUACGGCUCCGAGUACUACUGUCCCGUCUCCCUCCUGCGCGUGUACGGCCUGACGCAGAUGGACGACUACAUCCGCGAGGAGGAAGAGCUUCGCCGCGAGCGGGACCGGACCGACAGCGCAAGCCGCGAGCUGGACUCCUUUGACGAGAUUGAGUACUCGGAGGCAGACAACAAUUCCGGCGAGCCGGGCUCUGGCGAGCAGGGCCAGUGGCAAGAGUGGAGCGAGCGAAUCGACGCCGAACAGGCAGAGCAUCUCGAUGUGGUCUCCGGCCAAGAGCCCCGUGCCUCCGCCACACAUUCGUCUGCAGGAGGCGAUGUGCACCCGCCAGAACCUCAGGAAACGAUCGAUCCUGCCGCUCAGCCGGCGAACGGCAGCUCGCUGUCGCCUGCUUCCGCGUCGCUCGCCCAACGGUCGCCUGUGCCAUCGCCGACGACACUAGGUCGUGAGGAUCACCUCGAGACAGCGCCCUUGUCAUCACUCGGUCACGCGGCCAACGGCAGCCCUGCAACAACUUGCCGCGACGAAGCCGCAGCAGAGAAGCCUACUCGCUCUUCUGCCGCGACUCCUGUGCGCGAGCUCGACGCCGAAAGUGUCAAGCUCAACGAUCAAGCCUCUGCUUCUCUCCCGUUGCAGUCCGUUGCGAGCUCGCUGAAGCAGACUGGCGCAGCGCCUCAUCAGGACCGCGCUUGGCUCUCGGCAGUGCAUGACGACAGUGCCCCGUCGGCUGUCGCGCGCAGCACCAGUAGCGAGCACAGAGCACAGGCCAACCACGCCGCGGCGCCCUCGCCAAGCCUGAGUGGCGAAGAGCGCAAUGCCAAAGCAGCCGUCAACGCGUCCUCGCCGGACUCCGGAAGGCCGGCGCUCUCCAGCAGUGCCUCCAGCUCCAGCUCAGCCGCUAGCACGUCACCGAGCGGCUCAACGCUGCCCGUAGGCUCAGCCGAUGGCAAUGGUAGAAGCAGUGCCGGCGCGUCCAGCGGUCACGGCGGCGGUGGGUCCGGUGGCGGUGGCAGCGAGAGCAUCUACCGCACGAUCACCAAGCGGCUCAACGCGCUCGAAGCCAACGCGACACUUUCGCUGCAGUACAUUGAGCACAGCGGGCAAACACUGCGCGAAGUCUUCGCUCGCAUGGAGCGCAGACAGGAGGAGCGAAUGGGCGACAUGCUGCGCGCGCUCAACGCAAGCAACUGGCGCCAGAUUGAGGGACUGAAACGACGACAGCAAGUAGACCUUCAGCAGGCCAUCUUCGAGUUCGAUGUGCAUCGCCAACAGACUGAUGCUGAGCGAAGCCGCCUGGUCGCAGAGCUGCACAUCCUUGCGAAUGAGGUCCUACACGAGAAGCGCUUCGGCAUCGCGCAGCUUGUCCUUCUUCUCAUCCUCUUCAUCUUCAUGGCACUCACUCGCGGGUCACGCACGGCACCUCUCAUCAACUCUGGGCUCGCUCGCAUCAGCGGCCGGACUCGACCAAAAGGAUCUGCUUUGCGCCAGGCAGACGACAGGCUCGGCUCUCGGACAGCAGUCGAGCAGGACACUUCUGCUUCUCGACGAAGAGGCGGACAUGCACUCUCUCGCGAUCGGCCAGAGCACAUGCAGCACACCCGUCAGCCCAGCGGCGGCGCGCGCGUCUCCGCGACGACUCGCGAUGCGCUGCGGGCGGUUCAAGACCUGACUCGCGGCGCUCCGCAGAAGCAGCUGCACGUCGUCCGUUCUGCGAGCCGCUCUGCAAUUCCUGCUCGGCUGUACUCUGGCGUUGCGGCAGACUCGGGGCUGGGUCGGACGUCCCGCGGGGCGCUCGUCGAGGUUCCGCUGCACCGAAAUGGGUCGCGCGGCUCUCGCGGCCGUGCGCUGCGGGUCUCUGUGCCCGUGCCGACACGAGCGGACUUCGCAGAGAUGUCGCGAGACGAGCUCGGCGCAUGGCUUGGUCUUCUCUCGCCCGCGAAUCGCUCGCCUCAGCGAGAACGCUCGCCACCAAGCCAGGCGUUGCGCGAAGCGGACAUGGCGUCGGUGCGAACCUCGGCCGAAGGCCCUCGUUCCCGCGCCGCGUCGCCCAAACACAGAGGCGCAGGUCACAGUGCUGCUCUGACGUCUGGAGGCGAGGAGAGCAUGUCGUCAGACUGGGGCACAGAACGCUCGGACGACGACUCCGCCGUGAGCGAGGAUGGAGAGUUCGACGUGCACGCUGCGAGAAUGGUCUCGCACGACACCGAGAUGCCGCUCGGCCGGGACCCCAUCUUCGGAAGCCAGGACACGCUUGCAGACACCACCAACACGCUGCAUUUGGACCGCAGCGGCACCGCGUCACCGCCCGGCCGCAGCAAGCUGCUGUCGCGCAUGAUGAAUGCGGCUCGGCCCUCCAGCGCCGCUCCUGCGCACGCUGGCCCAGAGUUUGCAUCGCCGCUCAGCGCCGCAGCAGGUCUUGAGUCGGACGCGGACGAUGAAGAGACGGCGCCACGAUGGAUCGAGGUGCGCCCUCGCCGGGCCGGCAGCUGUCGGGACGCUCGCCGCAACAGCGGUCGGCCAGGCAGUGCCGCAAGCUUCACCUCGCCUGCUGCGGCGCCCACGACGCACUACCAGACGCCCGGCUCUCCGCACAGCCUGGGUGCGCGCACUCCGCUGCGUGCGGGCACGCCUUCCAGGAGCGUGCCGCGCAGCUUCGCGAGCCCCGCUGGCCCGGCGAGUGCUGCUGCGGACGAGAACGUGAUCCGCGGCUCCCCAGAGCUCGCGAGCGCGAAGCUGCUGUAACUUGCUCCUGGGCGCUUCUGCCCUAUCGCCUGUGUCUGUGCCCAUGCUGUACUCGUAGCUAGCAAUCGACUUUGCCGGGCGCCAAGCCCGCCCAGACUCUGCGUCCCAGCUCGAGGAAGACUGUCUCGCUCUGUCCUGCCCCGCCGCCGCCCAGCACCGCGGGCUGGCCCGCGUCGCCGGCAGCAGCGACGUGUGGCUCGAGCGGCACGCGAGCAAGCACAGGGGCGCCGAGCUCGCUGGCGAGUGCGUCGAAGGCGUGGGGCGGUCCGA